AUGGCCUCUAACACAGUUAGCGAGUUCGCUCAUUUGAAAAUCCCAUUAGAAGAAAUAGUGAAGGCCACCGAUAACUUUAGUGAGGAAAGUAUCAUCGGUAAAGGUGGAUUCGGAAACGUUUACAAGGGGAAAAUUAUGCGGUCUGGCACGUUGAUAAAUAUCUCUGCCCGGAGGUUAGAUCGUAGGUAUGGGCAGGGAGACGUUGAGUUCUGGACAGAGAUUUCUGUGCUUUCUAGUCUCAAGCAUAUAAAUUUAGUCCGCUUAAUCGGGUAUUGUGACGAGAGAAACGAGAAGAUCAUCAUAACCGAGUAUUAUCCCAAGGGAAGCCUCUCCAUGCACCUAACCGACACUACCAACCUCGAUUGGCUUAAACGAAUCGAGAUAUCUCGUGCAAUUGCUGAUGCAAUACAAGACCUCCAAGAGAACAUCGGACAAAGUAAUUACUAUGUCAUACAUCGUAACAUCAACAGCUCCACGGUUUUAUUAGAUGAUAACUGGAUACCCAAGUUAUCUGGAUUUGAAUUUUCCAUCAAACAUCCAAAAGAUCGAAAAAACCAUGUUUUUCGCUGUGAAGCUAUUGGGACAAAAGGGUAUAUGGACCCGGAAAUUGAAAAGACCGGAGGUGUGACACACAAGUCGGAUAUCUACGCGUUGGGCGUUGUUUUAUUUGAAGUCAUGUGCGGCAGAAAAGCAUUCGAUCCAAAAGACAAAGAUAUGUUUCUAGCACCAUUAGUGAAAUUUCAUUAUGAGAAUGAUACACUGAAAGAUAUAAUCAACCCUGAUUUAUGGGAUCAAAUGGAGCCCGAGCGCGAAUCAUUUGUACGGUUCUCAAAAGCGGCAUACCAUUGCUUACAAGAAGAGCGAGCACAACGAUCAGAUGCGAAAUUAGUUAUGAAGCAAAUUAAGAUAGCAUAUGAUUAUGCUGACCCUUUUGAACCUGAGAUUUUACAUUAA